GUGGGAGGGCGCGCGCGCUCCGUGAGGGGAGGCCUGUCCCGCGCUCGCUCGCUCGCUCGCUCCUGCCUCGCUUAGCGCUCGGCGCCGGCUGCGGGGAGCCCAGCGCGAGAGGCCCGAGGCGGCUGGCGGCGGCGGCGGAGGGAGAAGAGGACAGCGGGCCGAGCCAGGCCGCGGCUGGGGCCGGUCACGGUGGCCGAGCCGGAGGAGGCCGGGCCCCGCCCCGCCCCCAUCCCCCCGGCGGCGGCGGGGGCGGCGGGCCAACCCUCGCGGGGCUCCUCGCCCUUGGCGGCCGCGGGGCCCAUGGAGGGCCUGGCCGUGGAGGUGCGGGGCUCCAACGGGGCCUUCUACAAGGGUUUUGUUAAAGAUGUACAUGAAGAUUCGGUCACAAUAUCCUUCGAGAACAACUGGCAACCGGAACGGCAGAUUCCCUUUGGGGACGUGCGGCUGCCCCCCCCCACAGACUACAGCAAGGACAUCUCCGACGGGGACGAGGUGGAGGUGUAUUCCCGCGCGAACGAGCACGAGCCCUGCGGCUGGUGGCUGGCCAGAGUCCGGAUGAUGAAAGGAGAUUUUUACGUCAUAGAGUACGCGGCUUGCGACGCCAUCUACAACGAAAUUGUCACCUUGGAGCGAUUGCGGCCCGUCAACCCCAGCAAAGUGGCCACCAAGUGCAGCUUCUUCAAAGUCACCAUUGCGGUCCCGGAAGACCUGAAGGAGGCCUGUUCCAACGAAAACGUGCACAAGGAAUUCAAGAAGGCGGUGGGCGCCAACUGCAUCUUCCUAAGUAGCACCAGCAGCGAACUCAUCAUCCUUUCCACGAACGAGUCCACGGUCAAGAGGGCGUCCCUGCUGGGCGACAUGCAUCUGCGCAGCAUCCGGACGAAGCUCAUGCUGAUGUCCCGCAACGAGGAGGCCAACAAACACCUGGAGACGAGCAAGCAGCUGGCCUCGGCCUUCCAGGAGGAGUUCACAGUGCGGGAGGACCUGAUGGGCCUGGCCAUCGGCACCCACGGCGCCAACAUCCAGCAGGCCCGCAAAGUGACGGGCGUCACGGCCAUCGAGCUGGACGAGGAGACCUGCACCUUCCGCAUCUACGGGGAGACCCCCGAAGCCUGCAAGCAGGCCAGGAGCUUCCUGGAGUUCUCGGAGGAUUCGGUCCAGGUGCCCCGGAAUCUGGUCGGAAAAGUGAUCGGCAAGAACGGGAAGGUCAUCCAGGAGAUUGUGGAUAAGUCUGGCGUGGUCCGAGUGCGGGUGGAAGGGGACAACGACAAGAAGAAUCCCCGCGAGGAGGGCAUGGUCCCUUUCAUCUUUGUGGGCACGCGGGAGAACAUCAGCAACGCCCAGGCCCUGCUGGAGUACCAUCUCUCCUACCUCCAGGAAGUGGAGCAGCUGCGCCUGGAGAGGCUGCAGAUCGACGAGCAGCUGCGCCAGAUCGGCCUGGGCUUCCGGCCCCUCUCCGCCCGCCCGGAGAAAGAGCGGGGGGGCUACACCACGGACGAGAGCACCUCCUCCCUGCACAGCACCCGGACUUACGGCGGCAGCUACGGCGGGCGCGGCCGUGGGCGCAGGGCCCCCAAUUCGGGCUACGCCACCAACUCGGACGCCUCCAACGCCUCUGAGACGGAGUCGGAGAAGAGGGAGGACUACGAGGGCCCGCCCCCCAGCGACCGGGAGCCUCGCCUGGAGGACGGCCGGCGGCGGCCAGGGGCAGGGCGGGGCCGGGGGCCUGCGCCAGCCCCCCGCGGGGGCGGCAGCAAGCACAGCACCUCCUCCAUCAGCUCAGUCUUGAGGGACCCAGACAGCAACCCCUACAGCCUGCUGGAGAACACCGAGGCCGAGCAGGCCGGGGACACCGAUGCCAGCGAGUCCCAGCCGCUCAGCAACCGCCGGCGCCGCUCGCGACGACGUCGCACCGACGACGACACCACCGUCAUGGACGGGGCUCUGGAGUCCGACAGCACGUCCGUUAACGAGAACGGCACCGAGGAGGAGUCGAAGCCGCAAAGACGCAACCGAAGCCGACGCCGCCGUAACCGUGGCAACCGCGUGGACAGCUCCAUCAGUCGGGAUCGCCAGCCGGUGACGGUUGCAGAUUAUAUCUCCCGAGCCGAGUCCCAGAGUCGCCAGGGCCCCCCCCGCCGAGAGAGUCAGGAGAAGGCCCCCGCCGAGGGCAGCCUGCCCAAACCAAAGGCAGAGGCGAGCAGCAAGUUGGUCAACGGCCCUUCGGAGAACGGGGAGCACAGCGCCACGGCCGAGGUGGAGGUGGCCCCCCUGGUCAACGGGGUGUCCUAAGGGCCCCCCCCGGGGCCGCCCACCGAGCCCUCCUCCUCUCCUACCCCUACUUUCCACCUGCUUGCAACAACAUCUUCAAGAGAAGCGAAAUAAACACCACACACCGGUCUCGUUAAAAAGGCGAGAACCAUGGUUUCCAACAAACCACCACCCCCUGCCCCUCCCCAGGUAAUUUCAGAGCUGGCCAAAGAUGGGAAACGUCUUAAAAACGCAUCCUGGUUUAAGCGAUGGCGGCCAGCCGGCCAGAGAGGGCAGUCUGAACCCCCCCCUCCUCCUUUGUCUCUGCCCUCUAAGUGUGUAAAAGGGGGGGGUCUGAGGAGCUCGUCACCCCCCCUCCUGAGAGGCGCUGACAGGAGGGGGGGCGGAGGGGGCAGGUGAAAAUACAACUACUUUCAUGCAUCUGGGGCUUUUUUUUUGGGUGACUUUAAAAAAAAAGGCUUUUUUUUCGUUUUGAAACUAAUGUGAGAAAAAAUAAAUAAAUAACCGGCUAUUCAAA